UUGAUUACCGACGCUAUUGAUAGUACCUAAGCCAACCUGAGUUUGUUCCUGUAGCUGCAGAUGUUGUACCAGCGGUCUAGGAUGGCAGUUUCGCGAAUGAAUUGAAGAUGCACGUCGAUGAUCGGUUGUGGAUAUUAUGCAUAUUUUAACAUGAAAGAAUAAUUGAUACUGAAUAAAAAAUGGAUAAAUACGAGAAUAUCGAAGUUGUCGGUGAGGGUAGUUAUGGUGUCGUAAUGAAAUGUAGACAUCGUGAAACUGGCCAAGUGGUCGCGAUAAAGAAAUUUUUAGAAACUGAAGAGGACGUUCAAGUUCGAAAAUUGGCCCUUAGAGAAAUUCGGAUAUUGAAGAAACUGCGUCACGAUAAUCUUAUCAAUAUGAUCGAGGUGUUCCGCCGUAGAAAAAGAUUUUAUUUAGUUUUCGAAUUCUUGGAUCACACUGUUCUCGAUGAAUUAGAACGAACUGGCGAUGGUCUCGGAGCAGAGGUCUCAAAACGUUACAUUUUUCAAGUACUUCGUGGUCUGAACUUCUGUCACAAUAAUCACAUUAUGCACAGGGAUGUCAAACCAGAGAAUGUCUUGGUUUCGUCGAACGGUGUGAUCAAACUUUGCGAUUUCGGUUUCGCACGAUUGGUCGGCAGCUUGAAAGAAUCCUGUACCGAUUACGUAGCAACGAGAUGGUAUCGUGCACCAGAACUGCUCGUUGGUGAUUCGAGAUAUGGCAGAGAAAUAGACGUUUGGGCAGUCGGUUGUCUUUAUGCUGAAAUGAUGACAGGAGAUCCAAUUUUUCCAGGAGACAGUGACAUCGAUCAGCUUUACAGGAUCACUAAAGUCUUAGGUAGCCUUUGUGGUAAACACCAGUCGUCAGUUGGAUCAAACAGUUAUUCUAAACAAUCAUUAAGACUUACUGCUGUCGACGAAUUUAUGAUUUUUCAAGGACCAUUAUCCUUACGAAAUCUUUUUCCUUCAUGGAGUUCAGUCAGCUUGGAUUUCCUUUCGCAGUGUCUUCGUCUGGAUCCAGAUACUAGGCCUAAAUGUUCCAUUUUAUUGCAUCAUCUUCUAUUUCUUCAGGACAAUUUUAAUGUGAAAUUUCUUGAAGAAUUACAGGAAUGUAUCGCUAAAGAAUCGAAUUUAAAUCCUCUUUUGAAGAAAAAAAUUCAGGAUCGAAAAGCAAGCAUUCUUUCGAUUAAACCAUCUCCAAGAGUUUGUCGCAGCAGUACUGGCAGGUGGCAAAUGACUAUUUUACACGAUACGAAAGAAUUAGCAAAUAAAAUAGAAUUUGAUAGGACUAUUAAAUGCGAAGAAGUACAACGAACUGGAAGACCAUUGGCUUCGCAAAUCAAUCGUCCACGAGAAGUCUGCUACUUUGGUCCUGUCUCAGUGAUACCAAAUACGACUUACAUACGUAGGUUGGAGCUUAAAGGUCUUCAAAUAGCAAAUUCGAAGGGUUGCACUUUACCAGUCUUAACGCCGAAAGAUUCAAUGGAAGCGAAAACAAGUGGCAAAAGAAAGAGGUUCGAUUUACCUUCUGUUGAUCACUAAAAACGUAAGCUUAUUAUUUAAAACUAUUUUCAUUGCUUCAUCGUGAUUUUUCCGUUGAUAGAACCUUUUAUUAUGAAAUGAACACGUAGUACGACUGAUGGAAGUAUAUAUAUAGUUAUGCAAAUUUUAUAUAAUA